AUGCACUUUCCAUCAUCAUCAACGGCAUCAUCACCAUCUCCAAAUCAAAUAUCAAAUCCAACAAAUUCCAAUAAUGUUUUAUUUCUGUCUUCGAAUACACCAAAAAUGUCAUUUAUAAUUCCAAAUAAUAAUAAUAAUAAUACGAUAAAUAAUUCUAGUCAACAACCAAUUGUUUCAUCAACAAAUAUACUUUCAUCAACAUCAACAACUGGAAUGACAACAUCAAUUAAUUUAAAUGGUAUAAAUACACAAACAAAUCCAACAUCAACUAUAUCAACGUCAUCUGGACAAACAACAACACAACAACGUUUAACAUUGCCUCAACGAACACCGUCAAUAUCAUCAUCAUCGUUGUCGUCGUUGCAAUCUCAACAAAUUCCACAAGAAGAAUUUAUGAAAAUUCUUCGUGUAUUACAAGAAAAUAAUAUGACAGAAUCAAUUGAAACAUUUAAAAAAGAAUAUCAAUCAUUAUUUAAUAAAACCACAACAACAUCAUUAAGUGAACCUUAUUUUAAUGCACUUGAUGGUUAUAUAUCAUAUGUACGAGAACAACCUGAUUCAAGUCGACAUGAAUUCGCUCAAUUAAUAUAUCCAUUAUUUGUUCAUAUGUAUUUAGAUUUAAUUGAAAAAGAUCAACUUGAAGAAGCACAACGAUUUUUUAAGACAUAUGUUCAAAAUACAAAUUUACAAGCAACAGUUUUUGCAUCACAUAAAGAUGAUCUUUUUCGUAUUCAGUCAUUAACUACAAAAGAACAAAUAGCACAAAGUGAAUAUGUUAAAUCAUUUCGUCAUAAUGGACGUUAUUGGAUUAAAUUAUGUAAUGCAUCACUUGAAUUACUUGAUCAAUUUUUAAUCAAACAACAAAAAUAUCCAUUAUUAACAAAAAUUGUUCAAGCAUAUUUUCAACUUGAAAUAAAUGAUGGCAGUGCACGUAAUGCUGAAACUCAGCGUUUAUUAAGUGGUGGUCGUCUUGGUGAAAUUAAAACUGAAGAUAAUACGAAUAGAAUGUAUUAUGGUUUAUUACGAGAUCAUGAUCUUACAAGAAUUUUACAGCAUAAAUCAAUUCUUGCAUCGACAACAGGUGUUGAUAAUGAUGAUGGUGGUGAUGAUCAACCAUCAACAGCAAAAAAUCGAAAAAAACUUAAAAAAGAUUUUUUCAAUCAACGACAAAGUAAAGCAUCAUUAAAAGUUGAUCCUAAUGCACCACAACUUACACGAAUACCUAUUCCGGAAUUAAGAGAACAUGAACGAAUGGAUUUAAUAAAUACAUUUCAAGGUAAAAUCAUUAAUUUUAUCGAACGAUAA